UCGAAGAACGACUCAAUUCACUUCAUUUGCAGGAAUAUGAAACUUCUCACAACUCUGCUCAAGAAUGGAAGUUUGUUUUGGAAUGAAACAUGUAAAAAAAGUAGAUGCUUGUGCACAUUUAAUGGCAAGCAGUUGGAAGUUGUUGUUAGCACUUUGAGAGUGGAUCGUGUUGCCUCGUCAGGACUUGGUAUAAGCCGCAGGCAUGCAGAUUUGGCUUUCUUAGCAAAGCUUCUGUACCUGAAUGGUGAUGUAGUUACAAAGAAAAGUACUCAGGUGACAGCUGGAGAUGUGAUAGAUCUUAUCAGAAAGGAUGAGUGUACCGAUGAACUUGUAAAGUUUGACAGUGUUAAAGUGUUAGAGAUGGUUGAUAAGACUUUGAAAGGUAAAGAGCGCAUACUGCUAUCAAGAAAGAGAGGUGUCUGUUUGGAAUGGAACCAGUUCAAAGAUCGGUUUGACAAAAAAUCUUGAAGAUUGCUGUAUAAAUUUAUAAAAAUACUGUUUUCAUAUAAAUAGUGUGUGAAUAGUUAUGAAAAUACUGUUUUGUGUAUUGGCUGUGUCAGGGAUGCUACAAAGUUCCCUCUCUUCCUGUACUUUCUUUUUACCACAGAUGUUGAGUUUCCAUAA